AUGGCCAAGAUUCUAGUCAUCAAGCCCAAUCCAGGUCGAUUCAAAGCUCUAUUCGCCAAGCUGACGACCAUCAACAAGAAAAACGGACCGUUCGACCUGAUUAUCUGUGUCUCUGACCUCUUCAAGAUUCCCGAAAACAACGAGGAGCAGGAGGAACUCGAUGAUCUGUUGGCCCACAAAGUUUCGGUUCCUGUCAGGACUUUCGCGAUGCUUGGUUCGCUGAAGUUGCCCGACGCGGUUCAAGGACUCUUGGAAAAAAAGGAUGGCCUGGUUUGCCCAAACCUCGAAAUAUUGGCUCCAAAUAGUAUCCUCACCUUGUCAACCGUGGCAAAUUUACGCAUAGCAAACUUUGGAGGAGUUUACGACCCAACCAAUUAUAAUUGUCCCUCAGAAGAUCUAGACACUCAAUCGAGUACCAACUACAUCAACUCGGGACAACUGUCCAAAUUUUUGUCAAAAAUAAAGCCAACUUCUACCCCCGACCAUCUUGGCAUUGAUAUACUACUGACACACUCACUGCCGCAACUAUUGACGGUCAAUUCAAACUUAGCCCCCAAGGAUUACAAUGCACCAGCCUGGGGAUGCCCUCCCAUCACAGAAGUCCUGCGAGCUGCUCAACCUCGAUAUCACUUCUCGGGGGGCGCUGUGGCCGAAUUUUGGGAACGCGAACCGUGGCUUUGGGAUCCUCCUCCGGCCACCGUUAAAGCUCCUACCAACGAUUAUCCUAGCGUCACCCGUUACGUAAAUCUGGGUCAGUUCGGGAAUGGGGCCAAGGAGAGGUGGUUCUAUGCGUUCAAUAUAGUAUCGAUCUCCGAGACGAAACCCGCGAAACCUCUUAAUGCAACUCCUUGCCCUUACUCCAUAACGGCCCGUCCAAACCAAAAGCGGGCACUACCUGCUUUCGGAGAGGACGGACUGGAUUCUGGGCCCAACUUUCGGUUCGGUGAGAUGGAGCCCAACAAGAAGAAAAGUCGGACGGGCGCACCCCCUCCGAAUUAUGUUUGUAAGAUCUGUCAGACUUCGGGACAUUGGAUUCAAGACUGCCCCGAAAAAGUUGAAAAACCGCGACAACCCAAGGAGGGUUACAUUUGUCGGAUAUGUAACACACCGGGUCAUUUGAUACAAGAUUGCCCUGAUGCGGCUCAGCGGAAUGGUCCUUCCAAGGACGCUUUUAAACCCAAGGAAAUAGGCCCUGAUUCGUGCUGGUUUUGCCUCUCUAAUCCACAAGUCGCUAAACAUCUAAUCGCAUCGAUUGGGUCGGAAACUUACCUCACCUUACCCAAGGGACAGCUACCCGAUACGACCAGCAAUUGUCCUGUACCCGGCGGUGGACACGUUUUGUUAAUACCGAUUGCGCAUUACCCAAGCCUUCUCGCGCUUCCCUCAGAAUUGGCGAUCCCAAUAGUGGCGGAAAUGGAGCACUACAAAUCGGCCCUGAAGCGAUGUUUUGAAGCCUACUCAGCAAGUAUGGUCAGUUUUGAAGUGGCCAAGCUUUCGGGUCGGGGUGCCAGAGCGGGCCAUGCGCAUCUCCAAAUAUGCCCGGUACCCAACGAUCUCGCGGAUCAAGUGGAGACAAUCUUCGUCGAAGAGGGUAAGAAACAAGGGAUCCAGCUGGUCGAUGAAGCGGCGUUGAAAGAAAUGAAAGACGAAAUGAAGGAAGCUAUUAGUUACUUUCGAGUCGGCUUGCCUGACGGAAAAGGAUUGGUUCAUUUGAUGAAGCCCGAUGAGAAAUUCAACCUACAAUUUGGCCGAAUGACUCUGGCUAACCUUCUGGGCACACCCGAUCGGGCUAAUUGGAAGACCUGUGAAAGAAGUGAGCAUGAGGAAAAACAGGAUUGUCGGACAUUUCAAAAAGCUUUUGCAGCUUUUGAACCCAAGUUCUGA